AGCUGUAACUAAAAGUAGAUUAGCUAUUUAUUUGCAGUACUCUUUGUGAAUUUUCGCGUAGGUGACAUCUGUGGUGUACAACAAAGCUGUACAGGACCAGCCUAUGUGACCUUCACGACUUCUUGGUUGGGGUCCGGAAGAUAGUGUUACACAGUGGCUUGUAAGAUCGAUUCCAGUGAUAUGACUCAUCCUGGUUUAUCCAUCAUCAAGUUACCAACUACAGAUCUUGUAUCAGGUAACAACUCGACAGAAAGUGCGGGAGAAAAAGUCGCUCAGCGUGUCGUGUUAUUUCCAAAACAAAGUAACUCAGGAAGCCAACUUAUUUGGCGUGGCGCUUGUUUGCAAAGUAUUUUGAGUGAUGUGCCAAGUCAAAAUACUCAGUCCAGUGUUGGACAGCUAGGUAACAACUUUGGAGAAACCUUACAAAGAAAGAUAGUCAACAUAAACCCGUUUGAAGAUAAACCUUUAUCUUUGUCAUUGACGUCGGUUUGGAAUCAAAAUCACCAAGAUGCUACUAGCGAUGGGAUUUGUCCCCUGAAUUCAAAAAACAAAAACUUGAAGAGACCUAGGAAUGAAUCCAAUCCUAAUAAUCCUGAGGGUAACAGUGAUUCAUCUGAAGAAAAAUCAUCUACAAAAGUCCGAGCAACCAAACCUCGCAUUCGGUCACAAACGAAACGUUCAGGGCGGCGAAACGCUCCAAAACCUGUACAACAACCCCUUCUUCUAACCUUGCGACCUUUUCAUCCACCUGGAAACUUAUUACUUCCUGCAUUUGAUCUAAUGUCUAAGUUUGAUGGUUUAGUUUCAUUUGAAAAUGACAAAUUAGUAACAAAUAAUACUUCGAGUAGUUUAUCAACUAUCAAUGAAGAAAAUAUUGAAGAGACAUCAACAACACUUAAUGCUUCUGUAUCAACUACCGGUCGGAUGAAAAGUAGUGCAGGAAUAAAUGAUAUCGACUUUGAGGAAUUUAAGCAUUACAGACGUCUCAAUGGGUAUUCACUUUUCGUACAUGUCAAUAAGAAAAAAUAUGGAUCAUUUCCAGGCUCGACACUCGUUGAUGAUACAAAUGAUGCCAAUGAUAACAUGCAAACUGGCCUUGGUAUCUCUAGUUCAGGAAAAGAAAGCCAGAAAUCCAAUCGUAGAUGGCAGGCUUUGUGGUUAACAGUUCCAGAAAAAGUUAAACGCGAAUGGAAAAACAAGGCAAAGCGUCUUUUAAAACAAAUUGAACAGCAUGGAAAACGGGAAGUUCUAUCCGAAGAUAGAAAAUUAAGAGAACGUGAUCGUUUGGAAGUUCAACUCAGUCGCACACAAACAACAUUUUAUAGUUUGCUUGAUCUGGCCGCUCAUUUUCAGCUUUUAAGUGAUCGAUUUGCAACAUUUUCUAAAAAUGUUAAUGAUUAUGAGGGACCAAUUGACCCUGUAGGUGUAGAGUCGUUACUACUCGAUGGCUUAUUAACAUGUUUAAUCCCAUUGAUUGCGCUAACAAAUGAAUUGGAGCCAUUCACAGAAGUUCCUGAUCGUAAAACUAUAUGUGACGCUUUAACCAAUUUAACUUUUAUCGCUCCAUUUUAAAAUACGAAAAUUAAAUACAUUCAUAUAAAGUUUUGUAAAUAUAUCCAUGUUAUCCCAUUUUAAGUGUAAAAUAACUGUGUAAAUAAACCUUUUAUCAC